AUGAUUAGUAUGAGAUUUAAGAGUGAGGAGGAAGGUUAUGUAUUUUACAAUAAUUAUGCUAGAGAGAAAGGAUUCAGCAUAAGGAAGGAUUACGUGAGACGUGAUCCAAUUACAAAUGGGAUAUUCCAUAGACAGUACACAUGCUCUAGAGAAGGACGUAGGAAAGAUAUGUAUAUGGGUAUGAAAAAUAGAACUAGACAACCCCGGGCACUUACUCGAUGUGGUUGUGAAGCUCAGUUUGUGAUAAAACUUGACAAGGUUAGGGGUGACUGGUAUGUUCUGAAAUUUGUUCACAAGCAUAGCCAUCCAUUGUGUAAACCUGAUGAAACUGCUUUCUUAAGGUCACAUCGUGGACUGUCUGAUGAACAGAAAGCUCAGGUAACGGAAUUGAAAGAGGCUGGUUUGCGUCAGCAUCAAGUGAUGGAUGUUAUGGAAAAAUGCCAUGGUGGUUAUGAAGCGGCUGGGUUUGUUUCUAGGGAUCUAUAUAACCACUUUGUCAAACUAAGGAAGAAACAAAUACUUUGGGGUGACGCCAACCAUGUUAUCAAGUACAUGCAGGCACGACAAAAGGAUGAUAUGGAGUUUUUUUUUGAGUACGAGAUGAAUGAUGUUAGUUCUUUGACAAGGUUAUUUUGGUCAGACCCACAAUCUCGCAUUGAUUAUGAGGCUUUUGGUGAUGUUGUUGUUUUCGAUAGCACAUACCGUGUGAACAAAUAUAACCUACCUUUCAUCCCCUUUGUUGGUGUCAACCAUCAUGGUUCCACUGUGAUUUUUGCAUGUGCCAUAGUUGCAGACGAGAAGACAUCAACAUAUGAAUGGAUUCUUAGGCAAUUUUUGAAUUGCAUGGGUCAGAAACAUCCAAAAUCCUUGAUAACAGAUGGGGACAAUGCAAUGCGUAGAGCAAUCACAUCUGUGAUGCCCAAUUCAGACCACCGGUUAUGUACUUGGCAUAUUGAGCAGAAUAUGGGACGACAUCUACAUCAAGAUAUGAUAGCAGAUUUCAGAGUUCUUGUUCAUGCACCCAUUGAUCCAGAUGAGUGGAGGAGAAAGUGGGAUGAAUUCAAGUUUAACCAUAAAGUUUCUGAAGAUAACAAGUGGCUUAUGAGGAUGUACAACCUAAGAAAGAAAUGGGCUGCUGCAUAUACAGAAGGCUGA